AUGGGACUCUGCCUCCCAUUGGCCUUCCUCGGCAUUGUGGCCUUGGUUUUCGCCGCCUUCGACCCAACAUCGAAGAACAAUGUCGUGGUCUACUACGGACAAGGUCCGAACCAGGGUGACCUGAUCGAUCACUGCCAGCAGCCCGAAGUCGAUGUCAUCGUCCUCUCCUUCGUGCAUCUCUUCCCAGCUCAGGCGAACGGCUACCCCGGCACGAACUUUGGAAAUCGAUGCGGCGGUCAGGUGUAUCCGGGCCCCGGAUUCAAUGGCGUCAACGACCCGUCAAGGAACCAGCUGCAGUCCCACUGCCCGAGUCUGAAUGCCCAGAUCCCUGUGUGUCAGCAGCAGUACGGCAAGAAGAUCCUCCUGUCCCUCGGAGGCGGUGUCACGGCCUACCAACUCACAGGCCAAAACGAAGGCGAGCUGUUGGCGACGUAUCUGUGGAAGAUGUUUGGUCCCAGAGACCCAAGCUGGACCGGGCCCCGCCCUUUCGAUAACAACGGGCAGGCUGUUGAGGUUGACGGGUUUGACAUGGACAUUGAGCAUCCGUCAACAGACAACUCCGUUGGCUACAUUGCUCUUGUCACUCUGUUGAGAACCUUCUAUGCUUCGGCAUCGAAGCAAUACUACCUGACGGGCGCUCCCCAAUGCGUGGUCCCAGACGCCAGCAUGGCAGCCAUGAUCUCUGCCGCUAAGUUCGACAUGAUCUUUGUUCAGUUCUACAACACCCCGAGCUGCUCAGCAGCCACUUGGGCCUCGAGCAACCCGUCAUAUGUUCCUGGACAAGCGUUUCAAGCGGCCGGUUUUACUUAUGAUGCCUGGGUUCAGUGGCUGUCCAACACACCUAGCCGAGAUGCAAAGGUGUUCAUUACCUUGCCUGGCUCUCCUGACGCAGCCAACCCGGGAAACUACAUCAACCAUGAGCAAGCCAGAAAUAUCAUUAGCGCCUACUACUGCCGGCCGUCGUUCGGCGGCGUUGCUGUUUGGGAAGCGACUCGAGGGGCCAGUAACCCGUACAACGGCAAAUCUUUCCAGGCAACCAUGAAGGCCCCGACGACACCGGCACCGUCAUCUGUACCGCCGACCCAACCAACAAUUCCGCCGAAUCCCACUCCCAAUCCCAAUCCCAAUCCCAAUCCUGGCCAGCCUGGUGCAUGUGGAGCGGGCGUGGGAUCCUGCGGCAGUGGGUUUUGCUGCAGCGAAUACGGCUAUUGCGGGACAACGAGUGCAUACUGCGGCACUGGAUGUCAGCCCGGUUUCGGCACAUGCAGCGCCGGAGGCGGAGGUGGAGACCCGGGACUUCCGGUCUCGACGGAUGGAUCAUGUGGCGCUGGGAAAGCCACUUGCCGAGGCAAUGGCAACCAUCAGUGCUGUAGCAAGUACGGGUUCUGCGGAAACUCCGAUUUGUACUGCGGUGCCGGUUGUCAGCCUGGCUUUGGUAUAUGCAGCUGA